AGAUGAUUAUACCAAGCAAUUGUAUUGUUAGUUGCUGAGUGAGAUGAUUGCAUCGUGGUUUCUUGCUAUGCCCAAAGAAAUAGAAACUUCUUCGUCAAAUGACUAUUCCUACAACUGCCAUUUGUAGAUAGCUCACAUGCCAACCACAUCGUUGUUACGCUCAGCGUCGCGUAUUCCUGCUGGUUUUGCCCCCGAGAAAUCGUGGUCCCAGAAGCUUUUGGAUUUCGUCCUGUUCCGUCGUUGGGACUUGUUCAACCUCAAUACGGACAGCAAGAUCGGGUCUGCCAGUAACAAAGCCUUACUCCCCCUGUCCGUCAUCGGCUCCGGGAGCGUGUCCGGUGACUUGCGGACCCGAACCGGGGCCGCGGCUGGGAAUUUCUGGAAUUUCGACGGGGGCUUCAAUGGGCACGAUUUAGCUCGGAUGAAGACAGCAGGGAACGCACCAAGGAUCUGCGGAAACCGUGGUUAGAAGAUUUUUUCAUGUGAAGUUACAGAGUCGUGUGCGACGGACAUAACACAGCACGAGUCUACUUGGUGAGCAUGUUCCCGCCCCCCUCACGCCGCUUUUUCGGUGCCACCGCACGCCGGAACUUUUACCAAAAGUUGGAUGAGCAGCACCUGGCACUGCAGUUGGCGGAGAUUUCGAAGACCGCGUCCGAGUUCCGGCGAGGGUAUGAACAAGAGGACUUGAUAACGACAGGAGAUACGACCUCUGCAAGUUCCUCGUCAUCUUUCCCUUCCUAUCUGCACGACAGUGGUCCCAGACCAGAGGAGGAAAUGGACCACAGUGAUCCCUUCGCGCAGCGGAUGCAGGAGCCGGGCACCCGCCCCCAGGACUUCGACACGCGGCGCAAACUGAAAGCGUGCGAGAGCAUCCCGUUCGAGUCAAUGCGGAAAGACAGAAUGCCGCUCUUUCAGGAUCUGACGCACGCGGAGCGGGUUUCGGUGCAAGCGGACUACAAACGGAAGCUGAUGCUGGACCGAAAAGUCUUGUGGCUGAAGAUGAACCAGGUUCCGGACCCGAAACGCGCGGCGCGGAUGGAGAUGAGGCAGAUCUUGCGGGAGGAAAGGCGAAAACAAAAAGAAGAAUACCACCGAACGCAGAUGGAAGACGGGUCAGGCGAUAGAAGAAGUUCAGGGAAGAACAACGGAGAUAAAACAGACCCGCCCGCCGAAGACGCACUUUUCCCCCCGUCCAUCAUGAGUCAGCAGGCGGAGCACGCGAACAAGAUGAAGGCGCAGAAGGAGGAGAAUCAGAUGCGGAAGGACGAACUGGAAUCGAGAAAAAGAAUGCAGAUUCGCGAAUGGAAGCUGGCGAACGCGAGCAAGCUGUACCAGAGCCGCCCGCCGCUGGCGCAAACCCCGACGGACCCGAUCUUGCGACACAUCGAGAAGAGGAAAACACGGAUGAAUCAACUCCUCGUCGCGCAUCUCGAGGGCUUUCUGACGAACAACAGCAGCCAAAUUUUGCACUCCUUCCUGGAGAACGCACGAAUCACGUUGCUUCGCGUCGACGCGAGGAACCCGAAGGGCGUGCACGACGUCUACUACCAAAUCGCGGAGCUGCCGCUGAACCGGUCGCGCGAGUGGGUGCAGGAGCGGCUGGACACGCUGGCGCCGAAGUUGCGGUCGCAGUUGGCGGUGAAAUUGCAACUGGGGUACGCACCAGAGUUGCGGUUCAAGCACCAAGCCUUUGCGGUGCCGAAGCAAAAUCGACAGCGGCUGCACCGGAUCCUGGCAAAGGAGCAGCGGGAAAUCGCGGGGGCGGACGCGCUGCAGUCCUGGACCGCAGAGAUGAAUUGGGGACGGGGGUGAAGAGUUGGUGCUGUUGUUUUCACAUAAACGUGAGAACGGACUGUUUUUAGAAUUGGACUCCCAACUCCAACACGUACCUGACUCUGGUGAAAGAGUCAGAUCAGGAUCCGGAAUAAAAGAGAUGCCGACGCAAUUUGAAUCCGACCCAAGCUUUUCGUUUUCCUGAUCGCCAAAGGCACGACAUCGUGUUC